AUGGCCUUGGGAAACCACAGCACCGUCAUUGAGCUCUUCCUUCUUGGGCUGCCUGUUGAUCAUCACAUCCAGGUCCUACUCUUUGUGCUUUUUCUGGCAAUUUGCCUCUUCGCUCUGUCUGGGAAUCUAUUGAUGAUCCUGUUUAUCAGGGCCAAUUCUCACCUUCACGCCCCCACGUACUUCUUCUUGAGUCACUUCUCCUUCCUGGAUCUCUGUUGCUCUUCAGUCACUGUCCCCAAGAUGCUAGAGAACAUCUUGUCUGAGAAGAAAACCAUCUCAGUGGAGGACUGUUUGACCCAGGCCUUCUUUGUGUUUGACUCUGGGGGAAGAGAGCUGUGCCUCCUUGCAGUGAUGGCUUAUGACCGCUAUGCUGCCAUCUGCUACCCUCUACUCUAUGGUCAGAUGAUGAGCAAUGAGCUGUGUGUGGGACUGGUAUGGGGAUCUUGGGGCCUGGCCUUUUUAGAUGGUUUCAUCAACACCCUCCUAGCUUGGAAUUUGGACUUCUGUGAGACUCAAGUCAUCUCCAACUUCAUUUGUGAGAUACCUUCUCUAUUCCCUCCAUCCUGUUCCAAUAGCUCUAAUAAUUUUGAGGCCUUUCUCUUCUCUGUGCUCCUGCAUGCCUUUGGGACUUUUCUCCUGGUUUUCUCUUAUGCUCGCAUUAUCUCCACCAUCCUGAGUAUCAGCUCCACCUUAGGCAGAAGCAAGGCCUUCUCUACCUGCUCCUCCCACCUCACUGCAGUAACCUUAUUUUAUGGCUCAGGCUUGCUUCGUUGUCUCAUGCCGAUCUCAGGUUCCCCAUGUGAGUUGGUUUUUUCCAUGCAGUACUGUGUGAUCACUCCCCUGGUGAAUCCCCUUGUCUACAGCCUAAAGAACAAGGAAUUAAAAGCAUCUCUAAAAAACAUGUUGCAGAAAAAUUUACAACAUCUCAGGUAG